GCGUCUGGUAUGUCCGGGUAUGUACUGCUGACAGCCAUAUUUGAUUCGAUUAUGCUGUUCUGGCUGCGACAACCAGUAUAGCCAGUUCCUGACAAAAAAACCCAAAACGGUGUAUUUUCUUCACUACGCAGCCAGCUUUAAGGUUAAUCUGCGACGAUAUCCAGCUGCAUUCACAGUAACAACAGUUUAUAACCCGUAGUCAACGAUGAAUCCUGAAUAUGACUAUUUAUUCAAACUGCUCCUGAUCGGUGAUUCUGGUGUCGGAAAGUCUUGUCUCCUCCUCCGGUUUGCAGAUGACACGUACACAGAGAGCUACAUUAGUACCAUCGGUGUGGACUUCAAGAUCAGGACCAUCGAGCUGGACGGGAAGACCAUAAAACUUCAGAUUUGGGACACGGCCGGUCAGGAGCGGUUCCGCACCAUCACGUCCAGUUACUACAGAGGAGCUCACGGCAUUAUAGUAGUUUACGAUGUGACGGAUCAGGAGUCCUUCAACAAUGUCAAACAGUGGCUGCAGGAGAUCGACCGCUACGCCAGCGAGAACGUCAACAAGCUGCUAGUAGGCAACAAGUGUGACCUCACAACAAAGAAGGUUGUGGAUUACACCACGGCUAAGGAAUUUGCGGACAACUUGGGAAUCCCCUUCCUGGAGACGAGCGCCAAGAGCGCCACUAACGUGGAGCAAGCUUUCAUGACCAUGGCGGCGGAGAUCAAGAAGAGGAUGGGCCCCGGGGCCACGGCCAACUCCUCGGAGAAGUCCAACGUCAAGAUCCAGAGCAAGCCGGUCAACACCUCGUCCGGAGGCUGCUGCUGAGACCCCUCCCAGGGGGGAGGGAAGAAGAGAGAAAAAACAACCCAGCCACGACCUGAAUCCACCCCCGAGCCCACGACCAGUCUCAAUGUUACCAUGCUCCACAGGGAAAGAGAGGGAAAGAGAGAGAGAGAGAGGGAAAGAGAGAGAGAGAGAGAGAGGAGGAAGACUUUAUAUGGACCGGUGUGUAAGUGUGUGUGCAGCUACAACACCAGAAUCCCACCCCACCCUUUUGAGAGUCAGCAAUAGGACGGUAAGCCCAUCCAUCCAUAACCCACAGAAACACACUGGGCGGUUCUGUUAUAUAUAUAUUUUUUUUUUCUUCUUACUUCACCAAAACACACUCAUACUGGAAAAAAACCCCGAAAACAAAAAUGUAUACAAUUUUUAACAGUGUGUGAAGUUAACCAAUG